AUGGGUAAAAGAAGAUCACCCAUAUUGGCAAAAGUCUCAAAUCUCAUCAAAAUCUCCAUUUUCAUUGCCAAGAUGAGGUUGGUUUAUCUAAAAAAAUCAACCAAACUGAGCAAGUUCAGGUCUUUGAAGCACUACAACAGCUACGGGUGCCUUCAAGAACACCAGUUCUCACCUUCAAGCACUCCCCUAAUCCGGUUUCAUCACCGGAAAACAAACGGAGGCUCGGUGUAUUCGGUUUUCUUUCUUUCGUGUUUCCGUGGGCGACAUCAGGGAGGAGUGAUGAUGGUGGAUGAGAGUUACUCGUUGGAAUCUGCAGCCAUUGUUGAAGUGGAGAGAGAUGGUUCAGAGUUAUCAUAUGGAUAUGGCGAACAGGAAGAAGAUGAUGAUGAUUCAGUAGAUGAAAGAGCAGAGAAGUUCAUUGAGAGGUUUUAUGAGGAGAUGAAGAAGCAACGAAGGGAGUCAUCAUCAUCAUCGGCUGAUUUGCCUCUCAACAGGUUGUUGGAAUACUGAGUUUGGAUGAAAAAUUAUUAAUU